AUGGCAAUACUAUGCUGGAUGGCACGAGCUAUGGCUGAGUUGGGUGUAGAACAAGCUGUUCAUGGCUUGUCAGCUUGGGCUCGCCGCGUCUAUCAUAUCGAGAUGCCAUUCUUAGCCGCCAUUGCCGAGAUAGCUGCAGCAAGGUAUGAGCGAUCCCUGGUUCUCCUUCGGAAGUGCAUUGAAGACGACACCCUGUCAGAGACAUUCCGUGGAAUGCUUAGAGAUAUUGCAGUCCUGUCAGAUUUAGCAGCAUCGUUCCUUGUAGAAAAUGGGGAAACUUAUGAUGCUGGUGAACGUCUUCGCCUUGGUAGGCAACUGGCGUUGUGGGCAGAGAGACUUGGAUGCUCAAGUCCUGCACAUCUGCAUCUGCCGUUGGCUAAAUUGGCUAGAAAGACAGGCAAUCCGAUGUUGGCUGGUGUUCAUCUGCACAAAGCCAGUAACAAUCCAGUGCUCAUCAAUAACAGUCCAGUACUGAACAGCUUAAAGGUCGCAGUACAAGGAACGAAAAUGAUGUGGGAAAUCGCAUCACCGGAACAACGGGCUCGAAGUUUUGUGACUGUAUUCGCAACACUUCAAGGAGGCUAUGAAAUGAUGUGCCAUUCCUAUCAAGUUAUCGCUGCCAACGUAAAUAUGGAAGUUCCACCACCGUUUGAAGGCAUGAAUGGUUUUGUGAAUGGAUUUGGUCCUAUAGCAGUUCCAUACGGUGUACCUCCGCCAAAUGUCGGCAUUUUAUCACCAGCAUCUUCUACGGCUCUCGGGGAAGAGAUGUCCCGCACUUGCCUACGUCUCUCAAAUUGGCUCGUCGAUAGUCCACAGUUAGUCUCGGCAAUCCCUCCUGAGUGCCGUCAGUCUCGCCUAUGGAUGCGACUGGAAGCAACUGGUCGUGAGAUGAUGGGUUGUGACCUGGUCGGGAGUCUCCUAGCUGUUGCCACAGAAGUCGCUCCUACUCUUGGUAAAGCCCAUCGUAAACUAGGUGAUUGGGCGUUUAAUUCGGCUGAAACUGCCGAUAACGAAAAGGAUAGGCUGCUAUUUUCUAAGAAUUAUCGAGUGCUUCUCGGCGAUAACGUGUCCGACGCGGCUUUGGAUGGAUUGUGGAAAGCUUUGAACACGGCGAAUUCGGUUGCCCAUCUGAGGGAAAGUGUGCUAGCAGUGAUGCCAAACGAUCUCAUCAUAGCUGAAAGUUAUUAA